GUCUCUCUGAAACCAAUACUACCUCUGAGAUUAUCACUGCUCCUGAGACUAUCACCACUAAGACUACAGCCACCUCUGAGACCACUGUCUUUGAGACCACCACUGCUUCUAAAACUACUACAACCUCUGAGACUACUGUCUCUAAGAUCACCACUGCCUCUGAAACUACUGUCUCUGAAACUACCAAUACUGAAACUACUACUACUAAUAUCACUAAGACUACUACUUCUGAAACUAUAACAAGACUAGAUUCUAUAGAGUUUAUAUUAGAUAUAUUAAAUAUUGAUGAGUAUAAAUGA